CCGAGCGCCGACGAUGUCCGAGGGGAGGGAGCGGCGCGCGCAGCCCCCGGCGGCUGGCGGUGUCGAGGCGGCCGCGGGCUUUUUGGACCGACAUCUCCUCGCGCUCCGGAUCCUCAGCCCAGCGUUGGCGGGGGCUGGAAUCCUGAUCUUAGCGCGAAGCGUUAGACUUAGUACUAAAUUUAGUACUGUUUUAGACGUACCAGACACCUUCAUACAAAAACAAGUUCAACUUCGAGGUAAAGUGCAUCGUAUAACGGAAAAGGGACUGGAAGUAGAACAUGUUCCCAUUGCUCUUCCCUUUAUUUCAUCUUUACAAAGAAAAUGGCAAUCAAGUGGUCUGUUGAUGAUCAGAAUGGCUGGAUUGCAAAUGACUGACGAAGCUAGAAUCUGGUUACAAGAACAAAUAAAACCUUCUAACAUAGUUUGGUUUCAACUUCUUGGAAGGGAAGAUUCAAUUAUUGAUUGUAUUGUUAGAAAAAAUAAGGGUAGGUUUUUCACUAUCUGUCUAAACGAAGAGAUUCUCAGACAAGGUCUUGGACGGACUGUUGCUAUCAAGGGCCUAGAUUCCAACUCGAAACUAUACUGGAAAUUGCAAACAAAACUCAUCAAAGCAGAACUGAAAGCACAGACAAAAGGCAGAGGUAUCUGGAAAGAACCCACUCUAACGGAAAGAAUCACCCACAAUAUACAACAUCAGCGGGACACAAUUUUCCAGAAUUUAAAAAAUCUGACUUCAUGGAUUAAGGGUUUUGGUAAACAAUGAGUUGACAACAUUGAUCCUCAGAAUGUUGGUGUAAUACAGCUUUAAGUGAACUGUCAGCUCACUCGGCAAAAGAUGACUGAUAACUGCUAUAUCGUAUCCUUAAAACAAAAACAUAUUUCUAGCUGUGACUGACGUGUGGAGCAAAUCAACAUUUCUAGAAUGAAGCUUCUUGAAAGCCUGUAUUGUAUUUUUUUAAACAAAAGUCUCAGACCUGUAUUGUAAAGUCAGCUUGUAAAUUCACAUUGGACUCUGUAAUUGUUACACAUUGUUCUGAAGUAAAACAAGUCAAUAAACAGUUCAUGUUACUUUCCAGUUAAUGUAACACGUGCAUGAUGUUAAAUGCAGAUCAG